UUAACACUGUCGAUGGAAGGUGUUGACCCAAGUAUUGAUGAGUGGACUCCACUUUUUUUUGCUCGAUCAGGAGCUCACAGGAUGCGGACGCAAUGCAGCGGGUGGACCACAGAGCUGGGACCUAUGGGAGACAGCACCCUGUCCACACAAGCGGGAUGCGCAAGUCUCCCGACGUGAGCCCCAGAAGGCUUUCGGACAUCAGCCCUCAGCUCAGACAGCUCAAGUACCUGGUAGUGGACGAGGCCAUCAAAGAGGACCUCAAGUCCUCGCGCUCAGUGGAGGACAUCAACAGCGCGUCCAUAGAGGAGCGGAUACUGAGGAUCACGGGAUAUUAUGGAUACCAGCCUUGGAGUGCAAGCUACAAAAGAGAAGACCGCACCAGGGAGAAUGUGGUGGGCACCGCAGACGCACAGACGGCGGGCGGAGCAGGAGGAGCAGAAUCCGGCUCCAGCAGACGGAGGCUCCACUGCUGCAUCAGAGUAACAACCGUGCAGGUUCAGAAGGCCCUGUGGGGCGUCGCCAUGGUGAUGUGCGUGUGCUCGUCAUGGGCAGGCUCCACCCAGCUGGCCAAGCUGACCUUUAAGCAGUUUGACGCCCCCUUCACCCUCACCUGGUUCGCCACCUCCUGGAACUGCCUCUUCUUCCCUCUCUAUUACAUCGGCCACCUGUGCAAAAGUCCAGAGAGGCAGACGCCCAGACAGAGAUUCAGGGAGUGCUGUCGGUUUUUUGGGGACGACGGGCUGACACCCAAAGUGUUUUUCACCAAGGUGGCGCCCUUCGGCCUGCUGUGGAUCCUCACCAACUACCUGUACCUGCAGGCCCUCAGGAAGAUCAACACAACAGACGUGUCAGCGCUCUUCUGUUGUAACAAGGCCUUCGUCUUCCUGCUGUCCUGGAUUGUACUCAGAGACCGCUUCAUGGGGGUCAGGAUCGUAGCUGCUAUCUUGGCCAUAGCAGGCAUUGUAAUGAUGACCUACGCUGAUGGAUUCCACAGCCACUCAGUCAUUGGUAUUACUCUGGUUGUGGCCUCUGCUUCAAUGUCAGCGCUUUACAAGGUGCUCUUCAAGAUGGUCCUGGGCAGUGCCAAAUUCGGAGAGGCUGCACUCUUUCUGAGCAUCGUCGGAAGCGCCAACUUUGUUUUCAUCAGCUUUGUGCCGGUCAUCCUGUAUUUUACACAUGUGGAGUACAUCGGCUCGCCUGCAGACAUCCCCUGGGCGUACCUCUGUGGGGUUGCGGGCCUGCUUUUUGCUUUCAACAUCCUGGUGAACUUUGGCAUUGCCAUAACAUACCCAACAUUAAUCUCCCUUGGCAUCGUCUUAAGUGUCCCAGUGAAUGCCAUGGUGGACCUCUACACGUGUGAAAUCCAUUUCAACACGGUGCGGCUCAUCGCCGUGUUCAUCAUCUGCCUGGGUUUCCUCAUGCUGCUGUUACCAGAGGACUGGGACCAGUGCAUCAUCCAGCUCAGCACAAAGCUGCGCAAACGUGAUGAGCCAGCAGAAGUCAGCGGAGAGGCAGGGGCCGCCACGGGGCUCAGUAACUGGAGGGGCAGAGGCCGGACCUCCAUGUCAACAUUUGCACAUUGACUCUGGGGAGUGUUACCAUGCAAACGAACAGACGCAGGGAAGGAGACGCAUUGACCUCUUAGCGUUGAUGUCGGAACAUUUGACCUGCAGCUCCCUGAAGGAAAACAGUGUUUCAGACUGUCCACUGAUCAGAUACACGUCAGCCAAAGGGACAGGAAACAAGAGGACUGGGUUGUGUUAUUUAUUUGGCGUCCACUCCACUCAGAAGUUUUGAGAGUUGGUGCAUGGACUCAUAUCAUUUGAUAUCCUUCUUCACCAAAAAACGAUCAAUGAAUCAUGUUUGAUUUACUUCCUCAUCAUUCCAUACACAACAUCCUCACGCCUGGGAAGACUUGCCAACUUGCCUGAUAUUCUUCAGCUCUGAAACAAAAAAAGACAGACACCACGUGGACUUGCUGUUGUACACAUUUACACACCUUUAAGAUCCAAAGAAGAAUGCCUAAAAUGCUGAAUGCCUGAAAACAAAAAGGAAGCCUACAGAGGCUGCCUUCAGGUUUAACUUAAUGACAAAUACCUGCCUUUCAUGCACUGUACAUAGCUGUUUUUUCACACCUCUGAUGUCCUGGAGUUGUGGACCUGAUGGGCUCAUCUGGCGUGAGGGGACCUGUCCGGACAUCUGAGGAUCAAAUUCAAGCUGAAGGAGCUUUCACAACGCCUCACUCUGUUCCUCCUGAGAAGAAGAGGUCAGGUCUUUGUCGAUCACACUGAUUGGCCCCCCUGUGGUUAUGUGUUUUCCUUUGGCUAAACUCCCACUCUGUUAACGCUGACACUCGUUUCUCAGGCCCACAGAUGAGUCACGAUAGAUUUAACACCAGUAUCUCUAUUGCAUAACUUAUCAAUGCAUGAGACAGCUGAGAUUUGUUUUUGAGGUACUUUUAGUCCAUCCAUGAUGCACAUUUGCCUCACAUAUUCUCCUGCAGAAAACCGUACUACACCUUAUUAACCAAGCAAUACUGGUAAUACACAAAUUGACAUGCAUUCUAAUGAUACUAACUUUAUCAAACAACUUUAAAAAGUCAUGCUUAAGGUGUCCCAGGUGUCUUGGAUGGACUAAAAGCACUAUCAGCUCCUUAAAUAACAGAAAGGCUUCGUGAAAUGCCCCUUUAAUAACUUCAUCCAGAGCUAUCACUGAGCCUCCCUUUGAAUUCAGAUCACAUUUUUGGUUUCCAGCCGGCACAUAAUGUAAUUUUCAGCAUUUAUCAGUUAGAUUGUUUUUCUUUCACGGAGAGGCAACAGAAUUGAUUAAAACUGUCUUUACUGUGAAUGAGGAGAGUUUUACCGACUCAUGAGAAUUCACCAUAUUCAUAUGGCCAACAUUUUCCUCUGACAUCACGCUCAUGGAGGGAAGCUGAAAUCCUCUCAGAAAGUCUGUAACGAUCUACCUUGUAGCUACGCUUUUAUUUUGAAAUUCUUCCCAUUCACCUGUUGAGAGUUUCCGCCCAACUGUGCAUCCUCAACAACCUAGUGGUAACAGCAGCUGCAAACAGCAGCUGAGAUAAAAAUAUCCACUCCUCUCUCACCUGUGUGGACAUUUUUCAGACAUAGACUACACCAGGCUGGGCCUCUCGCCUUAUUUUGCUGACUACGUCUGCUAUUUAUAUCCGUAUACAACCACCUUAUGACAGACAUAAACCACUUUCCCUUCGUUGUGGCUGAAGUAGCGUGAGUGGUGUCUGAUAUAGGCUCUGCAGAUAAACAGAGAGGGAAAAGUCUGCUGUUUCAUGCCUCAUUUGAGACACUGAUCGAAGUCCAACGCCUCAAUUUAAAUUCAUAAUGAAAACAAGUCAUCCGAACCCAAUGUGGUUAAAGCAGCACAACUGCUCUUUUUAUUUCCAUCCUCUUUCUUCCUUUGAAAUAAAACUUUGUCCUAAACUCUCCAAUAACCAAAGUCAAGAUUGCAAUAAAUCAAAAAGAAUGUAAAUUCACCACUGCAACAUCAUAUGACACAGACAGUAGGGACAGGAAACAGACAGCUCAGUACAGCCAUCCCAUGCAAGCAGGGGUGUAGCUAAGGAUUUUGGGCCCCCAGAAUGAAUAUAACACAGGUCCCCCCUUAACUCGCUAGCCAAGCAACAGAUUUUGUGUCAUUUUUACAAAUAUAUAGGCAUUCUAAUGUAUUUUUUCACAAUAAUUUCCACAUUUCUGAGUAAUAUUUUCACUAUGGUCAAAUUAAAUGUACUUUCUUUGUUGGACUACACCAUUUGGACAUUCUUAAGGGAGGAACAGGACCCCCUCCCCCCCCCAGCAGUUUAUUUUGUUCUAUUUGAUACAAUUUCAGUCUGUUGAACGAUUAAUUAAGUUGCUUUUGAUUCAAUAAUGACACUGAGGACUAAGAAAAUAGAAAUAAAAACCACACUUUUCAUUGCAGGAUUCUCAAAGGCCCCUCCCUGCUGUGGGCCCUGGUAAUCAGUACCCAUUUUCCCCCCUGCGCUACGCCCAUGCAUGCAAGUAUCCGAGUUUUUAUAGCGAAGGCUAAUUUGAAACACCCGUUCGUAAAAGAGCUUUUAUGAGAAUAUAACGUUAAAACAGUUCUUUAAAAAAGGGAAAAGGUGAACUGGGUACAACAUGAGAAAUUAAAACACAUCAGGCAGUGAUGGUAUAACAGAAAAUCAGACAUGAGUGCAGCUUUGCUGCUGAAUUAAACAUGAUUUAGCCAUUCUCUGAAGUGUACUGUAUUACAGAAGCCAUUUUAGACAUAAUGGAAGUCUUUUCUUUCAUCUGUAUAACCAGGAUUCCUGCAGAUCCUUGAGAAGUCUAAAAUAGUCUUAAAUUGCACAUUUGAAAUUAAAGGCCAUAAAAAGUCGGAUUUUUACCAGUGAGAGGGCAUUGUAGCAGGUGCUUUGACUAGGACAUGUCUUUAUCCAGUCUUUGUUUACAAGCAAUCCUUAUACGAUUUUAAUAAUUUUCUUCCAUGAUUUGUUUUAUAAUUAUUUCCUAUUAUUUAGGGAAUUCAGUGUUUGAUGUUCUAAAUUUCCUGGUGGACCCCUGACCCCUCAUAUUUUUUUUUAACUCAUUGUGAUAUAAUAAACUCAGUACUGUUGUGAAACACCAGACCAGUUUUCUAUCACCUGGGCUACCAGGUUGCCCACUUAAAAAUCCAUGCAGCUCACCCUUAUUUUAAAAGAUCUUCCCUGCCAAAAAAAAACCCCAAAACAUUAAUUUGCUGUUCUGUAGUUGUCCCUGAAAUCAUCAAAUUUGGGCAUUUAUGACAAAAAAGAUAUUUUGUCCUGAAUGAUUUGACAUUUUAUACACAGUUCUUUAAAUUGGAAAAUUCAGCCCUGGUCAAGUGUGUCAAGAAGUCUCGUACCUCUAAUUCUCGAUCUUUUUCCGUGCAAAAUAGUGGAAUUACUUUUUCUUAGGUCAGCUCUUAAAAAGGUCUCACAAUGUCUUAAAUUUGAUUUCCAAAAUUGUGUAGGAACCCUAAUAAUAUCGAUCAGCGUUCCAUCAGAUUUAAAUGAUCCAUUUUCACAUUUCUCCACUAAUCCAUCAAGAAGCAAAAAAAUAAUUUAGACAGAUUUCCUACAUAUAUAGGAUUUUACAUCCUGCCAGUGUUAGAUCUUUCCAUCCAGAGCAUUACCAGUGAUGGUCAAGUUACUGAAAAAGAGUAACUAGUUACAGCUACUAAUUACUACCAAAAAAAGUAACUGAGUUACUACAUCAUAAAAGUUACUAGUUAGUUUGAAAAGUCUUUUCCUUGGUGGCACACUGUGCAGCUGGUGAUGUUUUAAAUCCACCCUUGGUUGUUUGGAUGGAGUGGCUCCUCCUGGAUCUGCCAAGCUAAUGUGAGCUGGCAGGGCUACCGGUGCUUGUAACCCUAGCUUCUUUGGUAACUAGUUCAGCUGCAGCCUGCUAUUUAGCUGGCAGCUUCGUGAGGUCAGAAUUAUUGUUCUUGGUGGUGGACAAAGUUUUCUCGCCUUGUCUUUUAUCUCGAGGAGGGAAAAUAAUGCUGUUUCUAAGAUGGGAAGCUCAUGCUUGAGGGCUCAGCCAUAGUGUGUAUUUGUGUUUCUGACUGUCUUUGCAGAAAGGGAUACUCUGUCUCCCAGGAUGCUCCUGUGCUUACGUUAGCAUCAUGUCGUUCUGAACCGUUAACCAACCUUUAUUGAGAUGUCAGGUGUUAAGGUAACAAGUGCUUUAAUUCUCUGUAAUUGUAACUGCAUUAAUGACGUUACUUAAAAGUUUUCCCCAACACUGAUUAAAACAGGAAAAUUCUGGGUUGUGUGAAUAUGGUGAUGUUUCUCCAUCUGUAAUCUUUGUCUGCUUUUUAUGAAUCACAUUUCCUGUAAGGUCAAUUAAAAGCAACAAAAGAUGAACCUGAGAGUGAGAGGCCUGCGCCUUGUAAAGUGACUCAUGGAAACUCUGCCUUGUUGUGAAUGUAUGAACAUCACUCGACCACACACGCUCGCUAUCUGAUUUUUACAGUGCCACCACAGACUGCUGCAAGCGACUCUUCAAUACUACCCCUCUUACUGACUGGGUUGCUUUUUUUGUGGAGGGAGAUCUCUCUAAGCAUCGUUCUGGACUACUUUUCUACUACUCGUUUUUUUUUUCGGUUGCUUACUAACCUUAAAGGGGACAGUGAGUGACGUCUGCAGGAGGAGCAUGCACAUACCGUAGGAGCAGAUUCAGCUGACAGGUCCACGUCACUGCCUUUUCUUUCUUUAUUUGCAAUAGAGUACAUCAGCACUGUUUCCCAUUGUCAUUCUCUAUGACAAUAAAUAAUAAUAUUGUAUUCCUCUGGAAUUAUUGCUAGACAUAAAUGUAAACCUUUGUAAGGAAUGAUGAUUUUUACACUGAGAUGCAACAUAUGAUUAUCACAUUUGAGGAAGAGAUAUUUAGAGCGCUAA